UCAACCAUUCACAGUCAACCUGGUCCUAUUCCCCCACAACUUUCCAUACUCGGGUGGUGUACGUUUCCUAUUGUGCUGUACCAAAGUCUCUUGGUCACUCUUACCAUGGCCCGCAAGUCGCGAUCCCAGAGACGCCCCAAGGGUGGUAUUGGUGCAUCCGUGGACGAUCCCGACGACGCACCCGAAGAAUUCCUACCCGAAGAUCACACCAUUGCCGAUUCCGUGGCGACCGACGUUAGUUUCGGGUUCGACGAAGAUUUCUCCGAAUCAGACACUGUCACGGACACGGGUCGGAACGACGGCACGGAACACCGCGACGCGGCGGUGGCGGCGUCUGCCGCCCGCCACGCACGUUUGCGCGAGUCUCUACUCGGUCUCGACACGUGGUCCUCCGAAACCCGCUCGUCCCGGAAGGAAGCCAUCCUCCGACGCGUGUUUCAAGCCCUCACGCAGUCCGCGACCGGAACCGGUGGCGUGGAGACCGUCCGGCACGCAUCCAGCACGCUAGUCCGGGCGUGUCGGAGUGCGCUGCGGGGCGGAGCACCGGCGGAACGGUACGCCGCCUGUCGGGUACUGGAAGCCGCAUCCGUGCUUUUGGGAGAAGACCAAGACGAGUGGCACGAAUCGAUCGAACGGGAUUUGCGGCGGGUUGUUCACGGUGCCACCAAGGCUACCGCGGUACGGAUGGCGGCUUUGCGAGCCUGCUCCAUGUCCGCGUUUAUCAAUACCAGUGAUACAGAAACGUCCGAAGCGCUCAUGGAUGUGUGUCAGGCGAUCGCCAACGAAACGUACCGGAACGAAACGGUGCCGGUGGCACUCCGAGCGACUGCCUUGGAUUGUUGGGCGCUGCUGGCUACCACCGUCGCCGAUUACUACUUGGCCGGGCAGGAUGACGUACAGCUGGGACGGGGGUUGGAUUUGUUGAGUUUGCUGAAAGCCUGCCUGGAAACCACGUCGAUGGAAUUGCGUUCGGCCGCUGGUGAGUGUCUGUCUCUCAUUCACGAAGCUAGACUGAAUCUGGGCGUGGACGAGGAGACCGCGGAAAACUCCACGGCCCGGCGGUAUCGUCGUGGAUCCUGGGACGGAUCCGAAUUCGAAGUCCUCAUGGAUGAAGUCAAACAGCUCGUGGCGACCUUGUCCAUGGAAUCAGGACACCACAUGAGCAAAAAAGCCAAAAAAGAGCAGCGCGCAACCUUUCGUGAAUUCGUGGCGACCAUUGUGGACGACGAAGCUCCCGAAGAAAUAAUUAACUUUCGCGGUGGUAGUUUGAGUCUGCACACCUGGCGGGAAAUCAUACAACUCAAUUUUAUUCGCCACUGCUUGCAAGGUGGUUUCCAGAUCCAACUGCUGACCAACGCAACGUUGCAAAGCAUCUUUGGAGCCAAUGGAGCGGCUUUGAACGAUUUUGCCGGCUUGUCACAGCUGGAAAAGAGAUUGACGCUCUCCAAAACGAGUGAAGCAUCCAAAAUAGCCGACCAAGUCAUGGCCAAGCAACGAACCAAACGACAGAACGUUAAAAAUCACUUUUUGACCUCGGACGGGGACGACUUAUAGCAACAGCUUGACAAGGUAACUAGAUAGAACCAAUUUGCUGAC